UGGGCGGCAAAAGUCCAUCGCACAACUCAUUGAUUACCUUGGAAUGGCAGACAGACAUGAGACGGACCGCGAGUGCUAUCGCGGUGGCAGCCCUUUCGGAGAUGCAUUGUGCGACAUGCUGGCUUGGGGCGCUCAGCAAAAGGAGCCUUUCAUCCGUCCGUCUCCUUUGAAGCCUCGAGUCCUGUUCCAUCUGGCGUACAAGGCUGUCGCUCUUCCGAGACGGGAACAACCACCGCCGUGUUACCACGCGCAUGCGCGAACUGGCGCGGGCUGGCCCAUUUCAUCCAGUCCCUCGAACCGUGCAUCACAAGGAGGCCAGCACAGGUCCAUGUAAUGGCGGAACAAGGUCAAGGACAGUCGUUUCGAGGGCUCCCAUGCUCGGUCGGAUAUUGCUGGAAAAUGAUGCCAGCGAAAGCCCGGGUGGCACAAGCGGCGCAGACAUGGCAUGGCGGUGCAGGUGGAUUGCUGAGCGUCGCGUUCCAAGGUUCAUCUUACUGCUCGCGGAUCGACAUGAAGCGUCGCCAUCAACUCUGUGACUCAACGACAUGGAGUCACGAGGUCCAAGACCCGACCUCUGCCUUCAGACAUCCUGUCGCGCGAGCACAAGGCUCAGCUGCGGUAAGGCUCGGUGUUCCCAGGGCUGGAUGGAACCAGGGCGAGGCUAGAGAGCCCCGAAUCGCGUUUCGACGAUGCCGCCAGCCGCAUCUUGUGCGAGGUGCUAUACUUGGUGCCUGGCUUGGAUGGAAGUGGCCAGUAUACUCGCAGAGACUUGACUGGAGUUCCCAAAGGUCUGGGUAUAUGAUACGUUACAGCAGGGCGCGCGCCGCAAGACACGUGGCUGAGCGGCUCCCACUCCAAGGCAGAUGCAGCCAUUGCCUCACAUCGUGCCAUCGUCAUGAUCAGAUGGGCGAGCUGAACCUCAUGAAACUGUUAAUUUCCGGUAUUCAACAUGCUGUGAACGACGAGCAGCGCGCCACUCUCGUCUCAUAUUCUCGUCGUCGCGUCAUGUGCUCAGACACUGCCUUGUCGCCUACGACGACGAUCAGUCGCUUCUGUGAAAGGACUGGACAGCCAUCUGGCGGUCAGAGAACGGCUGAGACAGACACACGUGUUUGACCAGCAAUCUGCCUACCCGAGGGAGGUGUAGUCGUCAGCGCAAGGCAU